AUGCGGACCAAGCGAGGUCCAGAGCUGAAGGACACGCUGAAACAGGAAGAGGAAACGUGUGAACGAGAUGUAGCAAGGCCCCAAACAGCCCCCCAGGUCUCUCUUGCCUUCCAGGCUGGGAAUAGCAGGAAACACCAGGGAAGAAAGAGAGCAGCCAUCUUGGAUGGGGAGAAUGGCGUGCACUUGGAUACAACCCAGGAUCCGAUGCAAAACCAGAAGCUUCUAGAAGACUUCUUACUGGGGAAUGUAGAAGAUCAGGGACCUGUGACCUUUGAAGAAGUGGCGGUGCGCUUCAGCAAGGGCGAAUGGGGCAUGCUGGAUCCAGACCAGAGGGCUCUCUACCGGGAAGUCAUGGUGGAAAACUACGGGACCGUGGUCUCUUUGGCAGGUGACACCUGGGGGAGUGAGGGCAAGAAGAGCCCGGUUGGGGUGACGGCCAGCGAAGAAGAUCCGGGCAAAGAAGCGGAAGACGAUCUGUGGAAUCAGAAGGGGGAGAAAGAAGAAGAAGAAGAGAAUCAAACGACCGAGACUGGCCCAAAAGAAACAGCAGAGGACAAGACAGUUGCUGGAGCCGACUCUGAGACCGCUGGAGAUCUCAUGUCGAAGGAGCCCCCGCAGGCAUUGCCAGGAAAAUCACAAGGAAAGCUGUCUUUUGUGAUGGGGACGACGGGCGAAAGUGACCUCGGUGAAAGCGGAAGUGAAUGGGAGCCCUACGGGCUGCUGUCAGAAGACACGGAGGACGAAGACGCGGCCAGCCAUUUUGGGAACCUCAAAGAGCCGGGAAAGAAGAAAGAAAGCCAGCCCGAAGAGCGGCCGAAUAAAGGCAGCUCCCAGGGAAGCGACCACAGCGCCGUGCUGGCCCAGCCGAAGACCUACAAGGGCAAGAGGAAGAACCAGUGCAAAGUGUGCGGGAAAAGCUUCACCCGGAAGGCCAGCCUGAAAGUCCACCAGCGGAUCCACACGGGCGAGAAGCCCUACAAAUGCACCGUCUGCACCAAGGGCUUUUGCGACAAGACCAGCUUCCUCCGCCACCAGAGGAUCCACACCGGGGAGAAGCCCUACAAGUGCCCCGAGUGCGGGAAGAGCUUCAAUCGGACCACCAACCUGAUCACCCAUCAGAAGACCCACGUGGAGAGCCGGGAGAAGACCUUCCACUGCUCCAGCUGCAGCAAGAGCUUCUACAACAAGUACAGCCUGAAGACCCACUGGCGGAGCCACACGGGGGAGAAGCCCUACAAGUGCUCCAGCUGCAGCAAGAGCUUCUGCGAUAAGUCCAACCUGGAGGCCCACUGGCGCGUGCACACCGGGGAGCGGCCCUUCGAGUGCUCGGAGUGCGGGAAGAGCUUCAGCGACCGCCGGACCCUCCUCCGCCACCAGAGGAUCCACACGGGGGAAAAGCCCUACAAAUGCACCGAGUGCGGGAAGAGCUUCAACGACCUGGCCACGCUCCUCCGGCACCAGAAAAUCCACACGGGAGAGAAGCCCUACCGGUGCACCGAGUGCGGGAAGAGCUUCAACCAGAGCUCCCACCUCAUCCGGCACCAGAACACGCACGACGCCAAGCGCCACAAGACCUUGGAAGCCAAGGGCGGGGCGAAGGCCUCCGUCGGGACCAAUAUCUUCUUGGAUAUCGGGAGCUUUGCCCAGGGGAGCUAUUACCAGUACGCUCACCCCGCCGAGCCGUUUCCCUGGCCCCUUUCGACAUACACGUCUCCCGCUGAGGCUGGAGAGGCAGGCAUGCCGAACCUGUGGACUAUUCAGGAGACCUCGGUGGGCGAGCAGGCCAUCCUGGUGAUGAAGGAAUUCACAGAGGACAGGACGUUAGCCCUGUGA